AUGAGCGCCAAAAAUUCGAUCGAUUCGACGCCUGAAGAAAAUGAGGAACCGGUAAGAAUUUCUGAGAAAAUUUCAGAUGAAAAUUCUGAAAAUCUCAUAUUUUGCAGGUGAUUCUGAAACUCAUUCUAGUCAGCAGUAAAACUCACGAAUUUUCAUUUAGUCCAAUGGCUUCCGCUUCAGAUGUUACACAGUUUGUAUUUGAGAAUUGGCCUGAUGGUGAGUUCCGCGCAAGAAUGGGACUUAGCCUAAGUCUAAAAAAAUUGUUAAGCCUUGAAACCUAUACUCGUUGACCUAAGCUCGGAGGCUUCUGGGCUUUUUUUAAACUUCUCAAAAAUGUUUGGCACUUAAAAAAUAAGGCCCUAAGGUUUUAAGCUCCCUAGAUAAUAAAGCUAUUCUCAAGCUUUAUCAAAAAGUGGGAUAAUUUUAGGACCUAAAAAUACACAAAUUUUCUAGGUUUAAAAAAAUUAUCGAUUUUUGACGAAUAUUUUUUCCAGAUUUUCAAUUUCUAGUUCAAAAUUUUUUCGAACAAAAAAAAUCACAUCAUAAUGUUUUUCUAUAAUUAAAAAUCCCCAGGAGACCACUUUUUAAUUAGCUGAACUUAUUUUUAACACAAAAUUGUUCUUGUUAAUUAUUUUUUGCACUAAUAGUUCAAAAUUAUUUUUGGAAUGGAUUCAGAAAUUAUUUUUGAGUUUUGAAUUUAGAAUUACAAAAAUCUCACAAAAACUGAAAAACUAUGACGUGGCAUUUUAGAAAUGAAUAGAAAAAAUUUUCUUCAAAAAAAAAUACACUCACCAUUUUCAUUUCUCAAAAAAAAAAUAGAAAAUGAUGAUUUUCGGGGAGGAUUUUCGCUUGAAAACCAAAAAAGAUAAAAAUUUAUGUUCAUUUUUAUUUGAAAAAAAAAUCAUGAGAUUUUGGCUCUACCGUACCCCGAGAGCCAAAUUCGCGAGCGUAGGCGGAAAAUUCCGCGAAGCGGCGUUGUCUUCCGCUUAAGCGGCCAAGCCUACUUCGAGAGCUUCAUGGUGGAGUUACAUUAACUUUACACCUUCAGAAAGUUAGCCUAACUUACAACCUAACCCUAAAAUUUUUCCAGAUUGGUCCGAAGAUAAAGUAGAGAGUUCCUCAAUGCUCAAAUUAAUAUAUCAUGGUCGUUUUUUGCAUGGAAGUGUCACACUUCAAGCGCUUCAAUUAAUUCCCGGAAAAACUACAGUAAUGCAUUUGGUGACUAGAGAAAAUCUACCCGAACCUAAUUCUAGUGGUAAGUUGCAAACUUGGGAAAUUUUCUGGGAUACUGUAGAUCAUUUUGAUCUUCAUUCUCACAUUUUGUAGAUCAAAGUUUUGAUCUACCUACAGUACUUUUAAAUUUUUUGGUAGAUCAAAUUUUUAUCGCCCAAAUAUCUGGGGUUACUGUAGCUAGAACUUUUUUGAUCUACCAAUUUUUCACUUUUCCUCAAGCUUCUUUGGUCCUACAGUAAUCCAGAAUUUUCGGCUUCAAAACUCCCGUCUACAGUAGCCCCAUGAUUUUUUUUUGAUUUUUCUACAGUACCCCAGGAUAAAUUAAAAUGAAAUUUUUUUUUACAGAAACGCUAACAAAACGGAAAAGUGCAAAUUGUUGUCGAUGUGUGCUAUCCUGA